UUUUUUUUUUACGCUGUCUCCAACGGAAUCCUCUCUUCCUCCUCUUUUUUUCCCCUAUUUGACAAGCAAGAGAUGAACAUCAUCUAUGGACAAGGACAGCCUUGUAUUAUGGGAGAGAAGACGGUAAAAGCCGUGGCAGGAUCUCAGUUACAUGAUUCAGAUACAGAUAAGUCUCAGAAUCACCACCCAAACUCCGUAAAUGGUGGGAAGAACGAAGGUGAUAAUGCUAUGAUUGAUGUUUUCUGUCGGUCUCACUGCAAGAAGGCCCUUGCCCAAAAAGUCAUGCGUUCAUUGGAAUUCCAUUGCCCCUUGAGCAUGUGGAGUUAUACAAAAGAAUCUGGAGUGGGAGGAUGUGCAGUGGUCGCAAAGUGGUGUUCGGAUAGCUGGAAAAGGGUACACCCUUGCUCGGGCACAUUUUCUAUCUUUGACUUAUGGAAUAGGAGCAGAAAAGGGCAGAAAGAAAGGAUCUGAUCAGAAAAAAAAUUUACGAGAAAAAAAGUGAUUUUUUAAAAAUUUAGUUACCUGA